CUCCCCCUCCCCCUCCCCCUCGCCGUCCCCCUGGAGUGGGCUCUGAAUCUAGGCCUCCCCUCUGCUUAGGGGACUGGGCCUGGACCUUCCUCGCUGUGUCGCAGGGGCCCCGCAGCCUGUCCCUGGCCAGCUUUCCUUUCCUGGCCUGCAGGGUUCUGACUCUGCUUCUUCCCCGCUACCUGAUUAUUCAGCCUCGUCCUGCAGGGAGAGACUGAGCCUCCAGCUUUAGCUUUAACCGUGUCGAGCCCGUGUGGGAGACUCGUGAACUGUAUUUGGGGGGCUGAGAGCAGGUGUCAUUUCUGGGGUUCACUGAAUGUGUCCACCUUGGGCCCUUCAUCGGGGCUCUUGCUCGCGCAUUCAUGCCAGUCUAGAGAAAUACCUUGGCUGCAUUUUAAUUAAAACAUACCUAUGUUUUGGAAGAGGGGGGAGGUUGAAGUUGCCUCAAAGCUAUUUUUAAUUCAGAGUUGUAAAGUGCAAGGGGGCUGAGAUUAGUUCUAAAUGGCACUUCUUGAACUUAAACGGUACAUUUUUCUCAGUCUCUCAGCAAAUCUACAGAGCCAGUUUCCCAAGUGCUGCUGGGCCUGAGUGGUGAAUAGAAGUGGGAAAGGCUGGGCCCACAAGGAAACAAGAUGUCGGAUAAGGGGAAUAGCGCUGAUGGAAAAACAGAUAUAGCCAAUGGGAGCUUGUCCAGCAGCCCAGAAGAAAUGUCCGGAGCAGAGGAGGGGCGAGAGACCUCCUCAGGCAUUGAAGUGGAAGCCUCUGACCUCAGCCUGAGCCUUACUGGAGACGAUGUAGGACCCAAUCGCACCAGCACAGAGAGCCGGGACACAGACACCGAGAGCUCAGGAGAAGAAAAGGACUCAGACAGCAUGGAUGACACAGGCCACUACUCAAUCAAUGAGGAAAACCGGGCCCAUGACCGGUCGCACUCGGACGAGGAGGAGGAAGAGGAAGAAGAGGAGGAGCAGCGGUCCCGGCGACGUGCCCAGCGCAAACGUGCCAACCACGAUCAAGACUCCUCGGAUGAUGAACGAGCACUGGAGGACUGGGUGGCCUCGGAGACGACUGCUCUUCCUCGGCCCCGCUGGCAGGCGGUGCGUGCCCUCCGGGGGAGAGAACUGGGCUCCAGCUCACGCUUUGUCUACGAGGCCUGCGGGGCCAGGGUCUUCGUGCAACGUUUCCACCUCCAGCACGGCCUAGAGGGGCACGGCGGCUGUGUCAAUACCUUGCACUUUAACCAGCGUGGCACGUGGCUGGCAAGUGGCAGUGAUGACCUUAAGGUGGUGGUUUGGGACUGGGUCAGGAGGCAGCCGGUGCUGGAGUUUGAGAGCGGCCACAAGAGUAAUGUCUUCCAGGCCAAGUUCCUUCCCAACAGCGGCGACUCAACUCUAGCCAUGUGCGCUCGGGAUGGCCAGGUCCGGGUAGCCGAACUCUCAGCCACCCAGUGCUGCAGAAAUACCAAGCGUGUGGCACAGCACAAGGGAGCCUCGCAUAAGCUAGCCCUAGAGCCGGAUUCUCCAUGCACUUUCUUAUCAGCUGGCGAAGAUGCUGUGGUCUUCACCAUCGACCUGAGACAAGACCGUCCUGCUUCGAAACUGGUUGUGACUAAGGAGAAAGAAAAGAAAGUGGGUCUCUACACCAUUUAUGUGAAUCCAGCAAAUACGCACCAGUUUGCUGUGGGAGGCAGGGAUCAGUUUGUCAGGAUUUAUGAUCAGAGGAAAAUAGAUGAAAAUGAAAACAAUGGCGUGCUGAAGAAGUUCUGUCCUCACCACCUGGUAAACAGCGAGUCCAAAGCUAACAUCACAUGUCUCGUGUACAGCCACGAUGGAUCAGACCUCUUGGCCAGCUAUAAUGAUGAAGACAUCUAUCUCUUCAACUCGUCUCACAGCGAUGGAGCAGAGUACGUCAAGAGAUACAAGGGUCAUCGCAAUAACGCCACAGUGAAGGGUGUGAAUUUCUAUGGCCCGAAGAGCGAGUUUGUGGUGAGUGGCAGUGACUGUGGACACAUCUUCCUAUGGGAGAAGUCAUCCUGCCAGAUUGUGCAGUUCAUGGAGGGCGAUAAAGGAGGAGUGGUAAAUUGCCUGGAGCCUCACCCUCACCUUCCCGUCCUGGCCACCAGCGGGCUGGAUCACGAUGUCAAGAUCUGGGCACCGACCGCGGAGGCGCCCACUGAGCUCGCUGGACUGAAGGAGGUGAUCAAGAAGAACAAGCGGGAGCGGGACGAGGACAGCUUGCACCACACCGACCUGUUCGACAGCCACAUGCUGUGGUUCCUCAUGCACCACCUCCGACAGAGACGCCAUCACAGGCGCCGAAGAGAACCCGGAGCAACAGACGGUGACUCGGACGAGUCCCCCAGCUCCUCUGACACCUCGGACGACGAAGAGGAGGGUCCAGACCGGGUGCAGUGCAUGCCUUCAUGAGACCGCCAAGGCCGCAGAACCCGUGAAGGGUGGGGUGAAGGGAGGAGACACACACAUCUCUACUAACAAACACCUUCAGCUUUUUAUUGGAAUGUUAAGGAACCCCCCAGCUCCUCACCCCCCACCUCCCUGGGGCGACCAGCCUAGCAAGAUUGCACUUUGGACUCGCCUUUGCUUGUGGGGCUCUAGGAGCCCUGGCCGGGAAGGGGUGGGGGGCGGAGUGUCAGAGAACCCUGCAUUAAGAGACAGAGCAUUAGACCCUGUGUGGCACGGCCUGUGGAGAGGAGGCCUGUGCUGUUUGGGUACUAGAAGAUUUUUCUGGAGGAGGGUGCACCUGGGUUCCACACCAGCCUCCUCCCAAGAGCUUCUCUUGAGCCUGCGUUGAGUUGUUUGGUUUUUCCUUCCUCUUCUCGAGCUGUUGGUGUGAGCCCGAGAGGCAUUCUGCAAGCUUGUGCUUUGGGGGCAGGGUCCCGUGCGACUCUCUUGGUUUGGUUUUGCCCCUCCAGCCGAGAGAUCUUUGACUCUGCUUCUCUCCAACUGGGGCCUUCCCUCCUUUCCGUGUUGGGUUCCUCCUCCCUCCCCGUGCUCCCUGACCUAAAAGUCUCCACAGAGCUUGUGUUUGGGAUCCCUCCUGCAGAACCUGUUGUCAUGCCUACUUCCCACCCCAUCCUCCCCCAGCCCGGGGGGCUUGCGAAGAGAUGCUUGCCUAGUUUGUACAUAUCAGUGAUUUGCACUUGGUUUUGCUCCUUCUCCUGACCCCCUCGAACAAUAACACAGAGAGCGAGGGCUCGGCAUGAGACUCCAGCGGAGGGGGCACGUUUGCCAGAGGAAGGGCAGCAGGAUCAGCCUCUUCACGGAGAGGGGAGAAAAGGAAGGUCCUUUAAUUUUCUGUUACUUUUAAGAAAAUCUCUUGUUUUGGGAGCUGUGGCCAGGAGUUGCCCCAUCACUGUUUAGAGGCCUAAUUUUAUAUCUAUUAAACACCAACCGAACCAAAUUGAACUUGGAUGUUAUCAAGUUAAAAUUAUUGUCAAAGUUGAAAUAUAUAUUAUAUAUAAAUGCAAUAAAAAAUUGAGAGCUC